GCUGCUCCACUGCUCAGGAUCCAAUCACAGGGCCAAACAUGGUGAGUGGUCAGGCACAAGGAUCCUUGACUGUGCAGUUCCAUUAUGACUCAUCCUGGAAGAAUUACAAGAAAUUCUGGUGCCGAGGAGCAGUUUGGAGAACAUGUAAGAUCCUCAUUCAAACCGAUGCAUCAGAGCAGUUGGUGAAGAAGGACCGUGUGUCCAUCAGGGAUGACCAGACAGACUUCAUCGUCACAGUGACCAUGGAGGACCUGAGGAUAAGCGAUGCUGGCAUUUACUGGUGUGGGAUUGAGAAAACUGGACCUGAUAUCACGUUUAAAGUUAAUGUGAACAUUGACCCAGCCCCAGAAACUUCAACUAAAAUAGUGUCAAUCAUGGCCCCAGUCCUGACAACCACAGCGUCAACCAUGGAGAACACUGGCAACUAUGGAGGGACUCAAACCAACACCCACACCUGGCCCCUGCUGAGCAGCAUCUACUUCAAGCUCCUGGUCUUUCUGGAGGUGCCCCUGCUCCUGGGCAUGCUCAGUGCGGUCCUCUGGGUGAACAGGCCUCAGAGGUGCUCUGGAGGAGGUGAAGUUGGCCUGGUGAAGGCCCAGCGUUCUGAUGCCCAAUGAAGUCAACUCUUGAGAGUUCACAGAACAGGAUGACAGCAGAAGCCUGGAACCCUGGCUGUGUGGAUUCUGUACCUCACCAGACUUUUGCGGGACACAAAAACAUUCUGACCAGGUCAACACCCUCUUUCCUAAAAUUGAAGAAUGCAGAAAAACCUAGCAGGGUGAUCCUGACCUUGGGCCAAGUUUGAGACCAGACAGACUACAGCUGAUUUCAGGUCAGCCAGGGAUACAUAGCUAGACCCUGUCUCUAGGAGACCAGGAAGAUGACACCGAGGAGGGGUGGGGAGGAGGAGGAGAAGAGGAGGAGGAGGAAGGGGAGAAAGCAAAACAAUUUUUCCUUCUGCCAUUCUCCUUCUUUGUUUUGCCAAAUCUCUGUGGCUCCAUCUUUCCUGUCAAAACCAGUUCUUUCUCACAGAUUUGCCCAUUUACUUCUUUCUAAAGGCUAACUAACUUCCUUGUGGCUGAUGUCUAUACCAAAGAUCCCUCCUCUGACCAGUACUUUUGACUCAGUAACAUUUAUAAAUCCUUCAAGGCGAUGUCCUUGAGUAAAUGCUGUAGUAGUGGUGAAGGAGGGUCUAGAAAGCAGAAAUGUUGUGUGCUAGUGUGUGUUCAUAUGGGGUGGGGGCAAAUGCACAUCAUAUGUGAAUGCACUUGUGGUGUGGGUGUGUGUGUGAGUGUGCAUGAGUGCACCUGAGUGUGGAGAGCCUGGGUGUUGUUCCUAGGGUACUGUCCACUUUGGGAUUUUUUUUUUUUGAGACUUAGGGUCUCUCAUGGCUGAUUGGCCAGGGCCUCACAUACUUUUGAGCUCUUUACCUGUCUUCCCAGUCCCAGAAAUUAACCUGUGAAGUAAACUAACUAGCCAAACAUGGUAACACAUGUAUCUAAUCCCACACUCAGGAGGUUGAACAGGAGAAUGGCCAUGAGUACAAGGCCAGCCUGACCUACAUAGAGUGUUUCAGUCUUUCUGAGUUAUAUAGUAAUAACUUGUCUGAGAGAAUCAAAGAUAAAAAUGAUAGCCAUAUGUAGCAGCAUAUACCUAUAACUGAAAGGGUAUAUGGCGCUGGUUUGGUCGAUGGUGGAAGAGUCACGAGCAGAAGAGUCACGAGCCAUGGUUACCAGAGUUAGAAUGGGCUUUAUUAGAGAGAAGAGGGGGUAGGACCGAGAUAGAGAGAGAUGCAGAGAAAGAGAGAGACCGAGAGCAGAGAGAGACACACAGAGAAAGACUGGAAGAUGGAGCGAGCAUGGAGAGAGUGCAAAGAGAGAGCGUGGGGUGCACGUCCGGCUUUUAGGCUGGGAUGCAGUCACCUGCUGAUGACGUAAUAAGGCAUUGGACGAGCUGCUCCUAUACAGAAUCCUUACAAUAACCCCAGCACUUUGGAGGCUGUGACAGAGGGACCAAGGGUUGGAAACCAGCUUGAGAUACAGAAAGACUGUAUCAAAACAUAAAUUAAUUU